GGCUCUUCGUUCUCUCCCUCCCGCCGCCGCCUCCUCCGUCACCGCCCCGGCGCACUUGGAGCUCGUCCUACCCGCGGCCUGCCCAGCAUGAUCAUCUCCAAGAAGAACCGCAAUGAGAUCUGCAAGUACCUCUUCCAAGAGGGGGUGCUCUAUGCCAAGAAGGACUACAACCUGGCGAAGCACCCGCAGAUUGACGUGCCCAACCUCCAGGUGAUCAAGCUCAUGCAGAGCUUCAAGUCCAAGGAGUACGUCAGGGAGACCUUCUCGUGGCAGCACUACUACUGGUACCUCACCAAUGAGGGCAUUGAGUUCCUGCGCACCUUCCUCAACCUGCCAUCUGAGAUCGUGCCCAACACGCUCAAGAAGUCUGCCAAGCCUCCUGGCCGCCCGUUCGGCUCUGGCCCACCUGGUGACCGCCCAAGGGGUCCACCUCGCUUCGAGGGUGAUAGGCCAAGGUUUGGUGACAGGGAUGGCUACCGUGCUGGUCCUCGCGGCGCGCCUGGUGACUUUGCUGGUGAGAAAGGUGGAGCUCCAGCAGAGUUCCAGCCAUCAUUCAGGAGCUCUGGUGGUGGGUUUGGCCGUGGCGGUGGUGCAGGCGGCUUUGGCCGUGGUGGCGGCUAUGGCGGUGGCCCGACCUCUUCCUCAAUGGAGUGAACUUCCCCAAGUUCGGAUGUGAUGUUUCCCUUCUCAUGAGGCGUUUAAUUUUGCGCAUGAUGGUUAUAUUAUGUAGUAGUGAUGUUUGCAAGAUUGAUCAGUGUUGUCUACACAUGCUAAAAUGUGCUACCUUGAUUCACUCAGUAUAAUAGUUUUUGCAAACGUUGCCUUAAA